AUGACCGAGACUGCCCAGGCGCCGACACGGCGCUUCCUCCUGUACGGAGGCACGGGCUGGAUCGGCCAAAAGCUCCUUGCGCUCUUCGCGAGCCAAGGCGACCACUGCGACGUGGGGCGGGCGCGGCUCGAGGAUCGUGCCGCCGUUGCCAAGGAAGUGCUUGCGCUGGCGCCGACGCAUGUCAUCAACGCCGCCGGCGUCACGGGCCGGCCCAACGUCGACUGGUGCGAGACGCACCAAGCCGAGACGAUUCGGGCCAACGUCGUCGGCUGCUUGAACGUCGUCGACGUGUGCCAUGACGCGUCGCAGGACGGCCGCGAGACGCCAAUCCACUGCACGGUCAUUGGCUCGGGCUGCAUCUUUACGUACGAUGACGCGCACCCGAUGCACAGCGACAAGCUCUUCACCGAGAACGACCGUGGGAACUUUACCGGAUCGUUCUACGCCAAGACCAAGGGCAUGUUGGAAGAGAUGCUGCGCUCGUACCCAGAUGUGUGCGUCCUGCGCUUUCGUAUGCCACUCUCGGACGACCUCCACGACCGCAGCCUCCUCACCAAGCUCCUCCGCUACCCCAAUGUCAUCAACAUUCCCAACUCGAUCACGGUGCUGCACGACCUGUUGCCGGCGGUCGUGCUGCUCGCCAAGCAGCGGAACGUUGGCGUCUUCAACUUUACGAACCCCGGCGUUAUCUCGCACAACGAGCUUCUCGACUUGUACAUUCAGUACAUCGAUGCGUCGUACGUGUACACCAACUUUGGGCCGGCCGAAGAAGCCGCCUUGUGUCAAUCGCGCUCCAACGUCGCGCUCGACUCGUCCAAGCUCCAGGCGGCCGUGGGCUCGACCCUCGUGAUCCCGCACAUCACCGCGUCGCUCCACGCCCUCUUUCGGCGUAUGUCGCAGCAGCAAGCAUAGAGAAUGAUAAAGCACAUCAAGCACAUGGCGUUGAGAAGAAGAAAAGCAGAAAAAAGGG